AUGUUUUCCUUUCUUCAACUAGUUAAUAUUAUUUUCAACUCAUUUGUUGAUACAAUUCGCUGCAUUUGGUUCAAUAACCCUUCUGUUGACACUUACUGCCAUAAAACUAUUAGUUCUGUUGCAAAUGAAAAUUCAUCAUUUAGUCUUGGCACUCAAAAUGAUCCUCAUGAAUGUUUGCUCUGGUUAUUAAACAAACUUGAUCGAGAGUUUUUGGAUUUUUUGGAGAGUUAUGAAUACACAAAAUACAAGUAUUCGGAAAGAAACGCAUAUGGAUCUUGCAGAGAAAAAAUAUAUUCAGUCUAUGAAAAAAGCAAGGAAAAUAAAAAAUCUACUUUUUUGAAAUUAUUUGAGUAA